CCCAUUUUACGCGGUGUAUCGGGGGUGGUAUUUAUGCAAACAUUGAAUGGUCAAUUUAAUAGUGUGGGAAAGCGUUUAUUGAAUGUUCCAAUACCGGAAUCCAGUGAUGACGCUACUACCAAACAAUAUAUGUUGGAGGAGAUUCAUAAAUCAUGCAAAGAGCUAGCACAAACAAUCAACAAAAUAUAUCAAGCUACUCAUGACAGUUUGAUAAGCAUUGAUGGCCGAAUAGUUAAAUUGGAAAAUAAAAUAGAAAUAUAUGAUGCAAAGAAAGAAAGUAUUGUGAAGAAAAUAGCUGAUUUGGAAAAGACAAUAAGGGGGGGCAUGAAAAACUUGUUGGUUGUUGAGAAGAAGGCCAAUAAUUUGAUUGCAGCUAGCAAAAUAAGAAUAUGACAAAAGCAACCUCCAGAAAAUGCAGUUACUCGAGAAAAAGGUAUCAUAGUCACACAGAUAUCGUUUGAAG